GUAGGCCCCAGCCCUCCCGCUCCGUCAGUCAGUGAGUGAGGCCGGUCACUGAGGGUCGACACCGACACCCUCACUCACUCACUCCCGAGAGCGGCCGCAAGCUCAGCCAUGGACAUCAUCAAGCGCGGCUGGUUCACCGAAACCUCUACCUUGUGGCCGGGCCAAGCCAUGUCCCUGGAGGUGGAUGAGGUCCUUUACAACCAGAAAUCCCCUUUCCAAGAUGUGGUUGUCUUCAAAAGCAAAACCUAUGGCAAUGUCUUAGUACUGGAUGGUGUGAUACAGUGCACUGAAAGGGAUGAAUUUGCUUACCAAGAGAUGAUCGCAAAUCUAACUCUGUGCAGCCAUCCUAAUCCUAAAAAGGUACUUAUUAUUGGAGGUGGUGAUGGUGGUGUGCUGCGAGAAGUGGUCAAACAUUCUGCUGUAGAGUCUGUAGCACAAUGUGAAAUUGAUGAGGAUGUAAUAAAGGUUUCCAAACAGUACCUUCCUAGUAUGGCAGUGGGUUUCUCGAGCCCCAAGUUGAAACUUCAUGUUGGUGAUGGCUUUGAGUUCAUGAAAGAGAACCAGGAUGCAUUUGAUGUAAUUAUCACUGAUUCCUCAGAUCCAGUAGGACCCGCUGAGAGUUUGUUUCAGGAGUCUUACUACCAGCUGAUGAAGAAUGCUCUGCAUGAAGAUGGGAUCCUUGGUGCGCAAGGUGAAUGUCAGUGGCUGCACCUCGAACUCAUAAAGGAGAUGCGGAGAUUCUGUAAAUCUUUGUUUCCUGUAGUUGAAUAUGCAUACAGCACAAUCCCUACGUACCCCAGUGGACAGAUUGGUUUUAUGUUGUGCAGUAAAAAUCCUGACACUAAUUUUCGUGAACCUGUGAGACAGCUAUCAGCAGAGGAAGUGGACAGAAUGCAACUGAAGUAUUACAAUGCAAAUAUGCACCGGGCAGCAUUUGUUUUGCCUGAGUUUGCCAGAAAGGCACUUGAUGCAUAAAGCCAACUCUAUUGCCUGAUGUUUGAUGUCAUCAAUACUGGAAACAUUUUUACAAAUUCUAUCAUCGGUUUAUAAUGGAUUCAUAAUGUUCUAUACUGAAAUUAACCCUUUCCUGUCUACAAAGAGGAAUUCUUCAACUGCCCAGGAAACCAGGAAACAGCAGCUCUUGGUGGGAAUAAAAGACCAUGUUUUCAGUUCUUUUUAAAGAAAGUCACUGCUCUGUGAUUUUUUUUUUCCCCCGGGUGAUCCACAAUUCUUGUGGAGUUGGCUUCUCGACCUUGUAAGGUCAGCUGACUAAUCAAUAAACUCCAUUUAUAGAUACUGCACGUGGCUGACAGCGUGGACCGCUGAGGCUUAAAUCUAUGAUGGCCCUAGACUGGAAAGGGUUAAAAUUUUAAAGAAAAUAUUAAUAAAAAUGCAACCAGAUAAUGCUUGGAACUUGAACUUGUGUGAAAACUUUUGACAUCAAGUACUUUCAUAAUGAGAAAAAAAAGGGACACAAAUUUCUGAUUGAACAUAAAUCAAGUGGGAUGCUUGUGGUUUAAAGUGUCAUGCUCUCUUCAGUAGGAUUCACUACUUUUGUGUUGAAGUAGCUAAUCACAAUUAACUCAAUGUGGAAUGAAUUGCGUCUUGACCCCCUGCUUUUCAUUGUUGUUUUUCCUUUAAGCAUCACCUUUUUACUUUCACUGUCACAUUAUUUUAAUUCUCUUUUUUUGGAUAGGCAAGCACAUACAAUAUGUGAGUUUGACUUUCUUCUCCCCACCUACCUCACCCCAAAGCAGCCUUUGUAUGUACUGAAAUUUUUCAAACCAGCUAAAAUUAAUGAGUGACUUACAUAUUUAAUAGUUUUAUUAAUGUACUAAUAGAUUAUAAAGGUGUUGACAGGUUAGAAAAUUAGCAAUUGUUUCCCCUUUCUGGAGAAUCUAGAAUACAGUGGGACAGUCUCAGAAUUAGGGGCUGAUUCUUGAGGACAGUGUGGCAAAGAUGAGUGGUAAACUGGGGAAAUGAAAGUGUUUUAAAAGCCAACAAAAGAUUCCAGAAAGAAAUGGCGUGCAUAAUAUAAGGACAAAUUAAUAAGAUUAUAAUAAUAUAGACAUUAAGGGCUUCUUUAAAUAUUUUAAAAGGGAGAGAACGUAGACCCUUUAAAGAACAAGACUGGAGAUAUAGUGGAGAAACAGAAAAUUAUAGAGGAAUUGAAUAAAUACUUGUGCUUCAGUCUUCACAGAAGGUACUAAUAGCAGAAAGAGGAUGAAAAAAAUAAAUGCAACUAUUAGAGGAAAAAAGUACAAGGAAAACCAACGGCAUUAAAGGUUGAUGAAAAUCCCAGACAGUAGCAAAACUACUAAGACCCUUCUUCAAAAAAGGGAGAAUGGUACAAAACCCAGCUCUGUGAACAGAACCUGAGCUACAAAUCUUCUCCCAAAUCUUGGUACAAAACCAGUAAUUAUAGGCCAGUCACCUUAACAUUUGUCAUUAGGAACAUAUUCAAGUCUGUUCCAAAGAAUAUUGUAGCAGAACAUUUAGAAAUAAUAUUAUCAAGCUGUAUCAGCAUGCCUUCAUGAAGGGGAUUUCAUACCAGACAAAUUUAUUACUAUUCUUUUGAGGAGGUAACAUGAUAAAUAAAGGGGAGCCAGUGGAUGUAAUAUAUUUGGAUUUCCAAAAGGUGUUCCACAUAAGGCUCUUUAAUAUAAGCCUGUGGUAGUAUGUUAGCAUAGAGGAUUGGCUAACUCAUAAAAGACAAAGUUGGGGUAUAGGUAGCAUUCUCAGAAUGGCACCCUGUAACUAGUGAAGUGCCACAGGACUUUGGUGUUGGGGCUGCAAUUAUUUACCAAGCAAACGUUAUUGACUUGAAUGAGGGAAGUGAAUGUAUUGUUGCCAAGUUUGUAGAUGACCUACGUGGGUGGGAAGGCAAGUGUGAUUUCCUUACUAGAGGGAUAUAGGCAGAUUAAAUGAGUGGUCACUAGCUGACAAUAAUGUAGGAAAAUGUAAAGCUAUGCAUUUUGACAGGGAAAAAAGAAGUGCUGAAUAUUCCUUAAAUAGGGAGCAAGUGCAGAAAGCUGCAGCAGAAACAGACUUAGAUGUCCUCUUGCAUGAAUCUUAUAAAUCUAGCAUCCAAGUGCAGUAGGUAAUAGGGAAGACAGAUGGACUGGCCUUUACCCUCCUUUUUAGUUUUUUGAAAUAAAAAUAAGUAAGUCUUGCUAGUCAGACUACAGCUGGAAUGCUCUGAACAGUUUUGGUUCCCCUUAUCUAAAGCGAGAUAUAUUGGCAUUGGAGUCACUUCAGCAAAGAUUCAGGAGGUUGAUUCUGGGUGUGGAGGUGUUUUCUUAGAGGUUGAGGAGGUUAGGCUUGCAGUCACUGGAGUUUAGAAGAAUGAGAGGCUACCUUCUUGAAACGUACAAGACACUUGGACUUGACUGGGUAGAUGCGGAGAGGUUAUUUCCCCUUGUAGAUGCUGCCGUUCCAACCCUGCCCAUUGCUUGAGACGUGGUAACCAUGAAGUUAAGCACAUCACUGGUCAUUCCUCUGAGCGGAACCUGUGAUCCUCUGACUAGGGUGGCUUUUACUCACCCUCCACAUUAAUGAAAUAUGGAGAGAAGGGGUGUUUGUGUGAGGGAGGUCAGAACUCUGAAUAGUUUUUAGAUUAUAGCAUUCUGGUCAAUUGUUAAAACUUGUCAGCAGAGGCAAGUCAAUUUCAGCAUUUUGUUAAGUCACCUUGUCUUUAACAUUUAGUCUUCGGAUGGUUCAGUACCUCAACUUGGACUUGCGGUUUUGAGUUAUUGGUCGCUGUUAAUUCUACAUCUUGGGAGAAGGAAUACUCCAGAAGUUUUUUUUCAAUUAUCCAAAUCGGUGACUUACUUUUCUACAGUCUGUAGCCAUUGAUCAGCUCUCCGUUAUGACUACCACUGGCCUUUUCAAUACUGAUACUGUUUCUCUGUUGUGGAAUGAGGAAGGUGACUGAUUCUUUGAGCCUUCAGAUAGGGAUUUGAUUUUUUGAAAGUGUUGAGUUUUGUGCAAUAUUCUAAUAGAAUCCUCUCAAAUCCACACUGCUUGUUUCAUAAAAAUAGAAUAUGAUCCUCAGUAUGCUGGUAGGAAUUUAAUGUUAUAAAAUGUCAUUUGACUUUGGACAUUAAUUUACAGUAAUUAUUGACAUUAAGCAUUUAGUUGCAGGUUUUCCAUUUUGGUGAACAGAUUGUAGUCCAAAAGGUGCUUAAACAUCUCCAAUACUAAUAAUAAAAAAGGGAAUUUUAACCUACUAUGUACAUUAGGAAAUCAGCAUAAGUAUGCUGUCCAUGACCAUAACAGCAAGACGUGAGUAUGUAAGGGUGUCAUUGUUAUCUAAGCUAAUCUUCUAAAAGAAAUGCAACAUUGUUGACACUUCUAUAAGUAUUCAGCAAUUGAAAGAUUUUGCAGAAUUCAGUUUGGUUGCAGUAAACCUUUUUUUUCCUUUUAAUAUAACAAACUGCUCAGACUUGUGCCACAAUUCUGGAGCAAGUAGGACCUGAAUCUGGUCCUCUUGGCUCAGAGGUAGGGAGACUACCAUUGUUCUACAAGAGCCCUGUUGGGGGCAUCAAUCGCAUCAAUUGAAAUAACUACAUUAAGCCUUUUUAAAGGGCUAGUCUGAAUAACAGAUCGACAAUAUCAUGCUCAAGCAUUCUGAAGAGGAAGUAAUAAUGUGUAUUAUUAAACAAUUUCCAAUAUUAAUGGUACUAAUGAAGAGCCUUAUGCACCUUUUUAUAAAUUUCAAGAAUCUACGUUGCCAUUUCAAAAGCAAUAGUUUAGACAGAGGAAUAACUGCUAAUCUGAAUUUAGCACCAAAGAGCUGUCAUGUAGGAAUUUUCUACCUCUUUGGGCUUCUAACUUGUUUGUCGUAAAUUAACUAUUUAAACUAAUUUAACUUGUAUGAUUUGAAUUAUGUAUUUAAGGAUUAAUGUUUGUAAGAUUAGCAUCAAAUGUCAGCAGCUUUUGACAGAAUUUUAUCUUGAGUCAGGAACUUUCUUCAUCUGAAUAGGGUAUACGCAUUUAUAUGCAAUUUCAAUACAUAUUUCAAGUUUUGUUUUCCAAAGUAGAAUUGGGCAUUUGAAUUCUCUUUGUGGUUUCCCGCAUCUGUUGCUAUAUUGUAGCAAAUGCACAGCUUCACCUCUGGGGCUUGGGUUUAAAUCCAACAAAGUUCAAUAUUUUUCUGCACUACAAAUGUUACAAAGGCCACGAACCUUCAUUUCCUUCAUAAAAUUUGACACCAAAGUAUAUACCUUUUUGGAAGUCAGAAAAUUGGUAUGGGAGACUAAAAACCUGAUAGAAUAAUCGUUGGGCAAAAUAAUAGGACCCUUAUUACAUCUCAUGGUAAAGUAUCUGAUCUGGGGAAUGCUUAAUUCUGCCAGCUAGGUGCCUGAAAUAAGGCAAGUGUUCCAGCCCUAAAUACAGGCACUUUACUUUUUAAUUCUUUACAAUUCAUCUUAAAGGGAAUCUGCUUGCCAUUGGCUUUGGGCUAAUUUUUUUAAGAUCUGAACAUUGGCAAUAGUGUUUAAUUUCUUAUCAUGAGCAGAGAGAGAGCAGCCUGAGUUCAGCAAAGACUAUUUUAAGGCUUUAAAAUACUAAAUUAAUCUAGUAGAAGUGCAUAAUAAAGAUGAAAAGAAUUUCUGACAAAAGUGGCCUUUUUUGCUGACUUAUAUUUCUAUUAUAAAACUUUUAAGUAGAAUCUACACUCUAAUUAUUAAAUGCUGUUUAUAAUACCUAACUUUCCUUUAGUGAUUUUUUAGUGUUAUACAAAUGUUGUAGUACUUUUACAAAGGAUUCUCUCAUAUACAUUCAACAGUUUUCAAAGUCUCUUGUUGUAAUUUUGGCUCUAAUUUGUCUUUUUUUUUUGCUGACACUGAAUGGAUGAAUUAGUUCUUGAGCUGUAGCUUCUUGAGUGUAAUCAUGUAAAUUUGAAAUGGUUUGGUAGUUUCCCGAUUUCUGCCAGUCUGAGGUCAGGGUGCCAGGAAAGUUGGGAGCUGAAUUCAGAAAAUCUAAAACAUAACAUACUGAAAAUACAGCACAGGUCUAUGGAUAUUUAUAGGAAAAAGACAGACUAAUGUUUUGUUGUACUGUUGGAGGAAUCUGAGAGGUUAAUUAACUUUUUUUUUGUAGAUGUUAAAUUGUAUGGUGUCUUCAGCAUAUUUUGGUGUGUUUCAUUUAAUACUGAUGAACUGACAAUUGUUUUUGGUUAACAAGUAAUGCUCCAAUUCACGAGGCUUUCCCAAUUUUAGUCCCUAUUUUGGCUUCAGCGAUCCCACAGAUUGUUCAGGUUUUACAAUUAACUACUCCAUAGAGGCGUGACUUCUACAUGGGCUUUUAUGUAUAUGCCCACUAAUGUUUCCUGGUUUGGAUUUUUGACAUCUGCAGCUUAAAUUUUGUUGUCUUGGAUUUCCACCUUAGUUUUCUGGUAUGUUAUUUUGAGUGAGAUUGGAUCAAAGCCUUUAGUGCCUCCUUUGGUCAUGAGCGGUAACUUGACAUUCCAAUGAGCCAGAAGGUAUGAAUAAGGUUUCCUCCUGCUGUACUAAGUAACCAAGUUUGUAAAUCCAUUCUCUAAGUGAUCUCCUAUGUCCUCGCACAUCAGUUUCCACCUAUGUUGGAAUGGCUUGGAUUACCAUGACGCUAAAUUGAUAUGGAAAGAGGUGGACAUCUAAACAGUUUUACAAAAUAUGACCCAGACAGACUUUUUAACAGCAACUUCUAGCCGCUGCUUGUUGGAUUUUCAUCUACGUAAAGAUUUUGUGUUGUACCAUAAUAAUGUGUUUCAUUAUUUAUUCAUUCGACUUGGCGAUGUAUAAAUCUUUUUAAUGCUACAGAUAUUCGUACUAAUGUUCAUGAGAAAAUAAAGCUUUAAAUACUCCA